UUUUUGCCGCAAGAGCUGUUUUCUCUCCUUCGCUCAAUCUGCUCUUGGCAGGAGGAGAAACGUCAGCCGCUUGGAUGAUCUGAUUCUUUCUUUGCCCGAAUUUACUCCUGCCCAGAUGCAGCGGACACUCCUGCUGUUGCUGUUAUUCGUAAACUCCAUGGAAAUGCUGACACAAGGCAGAAGGAAGAAACGAGUAAGCGCUGCGCUGUUUGAGAACUGCACUGGAUGCAUCAUGUGCUCAGAGGACAACGGCUGCAUCUCCUGCCAGCAGAGGCUGUUCCUGCUCAUCUGGAGGGACGGGAUCCGUCAGUACGGUGCCUGUGUCCAUGCCUGCCCACCGGGAUACUUUGGGGUGCGAGGCCAAGAGGUCAACCGAUGCAUUAAGUGCAAAUCACCCAGCUGCGACAGCUGUUUCAGCAAAGAUUUCUGCAUGAAAUGCAAAGAGCAGUUCUACCUACACAAAGGCAAAUGUUUCAACACGUGUCCUCCCGACACCGUGGCUCAGUCCGGGACCUGGGAAUGCCAAGAAAAGUGUGAGAUGGGUCCAUGGGGCGAAUGGAGCCUCUGCACCAAACAAGGGCGGACGUGCGGCUUCAAGCGGGGCUCAGCCACAAGGGUCCGCGAGGUCGUCAGAAACAGCAGAGAGGAUGUGGCGACGUGCCCGGUGCUCUCCGAGUCCAGGAAAUGCCGGAUGAAGAAGCACUGCCCCGGAGGUGAGGCGAGGCAGGAGGGGGCAGGGUUGCAGAUGGCUGCUAGCCCUGGUAUCCGGUUUGUGUAUUUCUCUGGGGUAAUUCACUGUCUGAAGGCAGCUUAG